CCCUCCUUCCAUAUAACCCACCCUGCUUAGCCUUCUGCUGGUGCACAACAAGGGCAGUCGCACACUCUGCACCUCAGCUGCUGCUUGCUUGCCCUUGCCCAUGCCCAUGGAGAUGGACAGAGUUUGCAAGAGACGAGCGGCCAUGCCUCCUGCUCUCCUUCUCGCCCUUCACGGCGUGGACGAGCAGAUGCCGCCGCCGCAGACCCCCAUGGAGCCCAUGGAGUACCUGUCCAGGUCCUGGAGCGUCUCCGCCGACGACAUAUCCAAGGCCCUGCUGCUCAAAGGGGCCACCAAGCGGAGCUUCUUCGCCCCCGCCGACGCUCUUCUUCCGUCUCCGUCAUCCCCCAUACCGGAGACGAUGACCUCCUCCUACGAGCUCCUCGCCGCCCCCGCCGCUUCCGGCCACCAGCUCCAGCUCCAGCUCCAGCGCCAGCAACACCUAGAUGCGACAGGGAGGAGCUCCAUCAGCUGCCACCGCCACUCCAACUCGGUGACCAGGUGGUACUUCCACCACAAGGAGACCGCCACACACGGCAGGAAGGAGAAGGCGCGCGCCGACCGGGCCCAGGCGCACGCCAUGGUCUCCGUGGCCCAGGUGUCCGCCACGGUUGCCGCCGUCACAGCAGCCACCAGCUUUGACAACCAGGACUCCAAGCUAGCUGCAGCCAUGGCGUCGGCCACCGAGUUGCUGGCCUCGCACUGCGCUGAGGCAGCCCAGCUUGCCGGGGCUGGUCAUGAGCAGGUGUCCUCUGCUGUCCGGUCUGCGGUUGGUGUCACGGACCCAGGUGAUCUGAUGACGCUCACAGCGGCCGCAGCGACUGCUUUGAGAGGAGCUGCGGCGCUGAAGAAGAGGGUCCAGCGCGAGGCGAGAAGCAAUGCCAGCGUCAUUCCUUACGAGAAGGCCCCUUUGUCCUGGAGUCCUGAUAUCUGGUGCAAGGAAGGCAAGCUGCUAAAACGCACAAGAAAAGGGGAUUUACACAAGAGACGGGUAUCAAUCUACAUCAACAAGAGGUCACAGGUCAUAUUGAAGCUGAAGAGCAAACACAUGGGAGGUGCACUAUCAAAAAACAAUAAAAGUGUGGUUUAUGGGGUAUAUAGUGAGCUCCCAGAGUGGACUGAGCCAGGGAAAUGUUUACCAGAGACAUGCUGCUUUGGCUUGAGUACAGCACAGGGCCUGAUUGAGUUCAAGUGUGAGAGCAGCAGCAGUAAACAGAGCUGGGUUCAUGGCGUGCAAAAUCUGCUCCAGCAGGUUGAUGUAGCUGACCAAGUAGGGCACAGGCUAGAAACACUAAAACUCAACUGGUGCAGUUAGGGUUAGUACAUGAACCCAAAUUUUGCAGGACAGAGGGUGUAUUAAGACGCGUGCUUUGCAACAUCAGUGUACGCAAUAAAUGUCAAAGCAUGUUUUGGGCA